GUGUUUUGGAUUGUUGUGACUGGAGAAUGGAGCCAUCUUGUUUUAUUUCUGUCCUGGAAUACAUUGGGCAGGCCGAACGAAAAAUAGGGCUUUCGAAUAAUGAUGUAGCUAGUUAGCGCGCUUGCUAACAUUAUUGCAUAUAUUUGUAUGGUUAGUGCUUCCACCACCUUGAAUGACUAGGUACUGUCUUUGGCGUUUAUAGGGUCGAAGCAAACGCGUUGGUUCAGGUGUCAGUUUAUUUUAUUUCUGAGUAGAGGAGUUACUAUGAAUGGAGGAUAAAUGUUGCCAAAGGCUGACAGCAGCAGUUACGUUCUCCUCUCUCUUCUCUUCGUCCUCACAUUAACAGACCCACCACUGGCAGGUCCAAGGCUAGCUCUGGCAAGAUUAUUGUCAGAACUGCGCUGCAGCCCUGGACAGUUUGCCUGCCGCAGUGGGAAGAUGCAAUGCAUCCCCAUGUCCUGGCAGUGUGACGGCUGGGCGGCUUGUGAGGACAAGAGCGAUGAGUUGGACUGCCCCCCCAUGAAAGAGGAGACGUUUCACUUUGCCAAUGGGUUUGACCAAGUGGAAGAUGUCAUCGGUGUGGCCCAACCUGUGCGCUUUAACAAGAAGUGCCCUAGUGGGUGGCAUCACUACGAGAAGACAGCCAGCUGUUACAAAGUGUACCUGAGGAAUGAGAACUACUGGCAGGCUGUGGACACGUGUCAGAAAGUCAAUGGCUCUUUGGCGACAUUCGUCACCAACGAGGAACUGCAGUUCAUCCUCAAGAUUGAGGUGGAUUUCGACGAGGAAGUGUGCGAGCGCAGAGACCAGUGCAAGUUCUGGGUGGGUUACCAGUAUGUCAUUACCAAUCAGAACCAUUCACUGGAGGGCCAUUGGGAAGUGUCAUAUAAAGGGUCAAUGCAGGUGUUCCUGCCGCCAGAGGGCCUGACUAACUUUGGAGAGGCAUCUCCGACCCAGGACAACAUCUUCUGUGCCCAGCUGCAGCGCUUUCAGAUCAAGAGUAUGAACGAGCGCGGCCUUCACAGCUGGCAUGCCGAGAACUGCUACAAGAAGUUCCCCUUCCUGUGCAAGAGGAGGCAGACAUGUGUGGACAUAAAGGACCAGGUGGUGACUGAGGGGUACUACUUUACCCCUAAGGGGGAAGACCCGUGCCUGAGCUGCACAUGUCACAACGGCGAGCCAGAGAUGUGUGUGGCUGCGCUGUGUAAUCGCCCGGAGGGCUGCAAGAACUUCGGCAAGGACCCCAAGGAGUGCUGCAAGUUCACCUGCCUGGACCGGGAAGGCAGCAGCUUGUUUGACUCUAUGGCCAGUGGGAUGCGUCUGAUCGUCAGCUGUAUCUCCUCCUUCCUCAUCCUCUCUCUGCUGCUCUUCAUGGUGCACAGGCUCCGGCAGCGCAGACGCCAGCGCAUCCAAACACUCCUUGGAGUUCACCAUUUCAACCUUGGGCGGCGAGUCCCAGGCUUUGACUACGGCCCGGACGCUUUUGGCACUGGCCUCACUCCCCUGCACCUCUCUGAUGAUGGAGAGAGAGGCGCAUUUCAUUUCCAGGAACCUCCCCCUCCCUACGCUGCCUAUAAAUACCCUGACAUCCAGCACCCARAUGACCCCCCUCCUCCCUACGAAGCCUCCAUCAACCCCGACAGCGUCCUCUAUGUGGACCUCGCACGCCAUGCCGUUCAGAUGAUCCCUAGUCAGAUGAGGGACGUGGUAGAUGCCAUGACAGACGCCCCAGCGCCACCUGUCCCUGUGCAAAUGUCCUUCCAGGAGCGGGAAGACUCCAUGGACAGCAGCACCCUACUGGUGGGGCCUGACACCCCCACAGACAGCCACGCCCCUGACUCCAUGCCUGUAGACGGCAGCAACAGCUCCUCCCUCAGCACCGUGGUAUAGGACUGGGGGAGGGGGCUGCUCCCGUCUGGACCCACGCCCCUGACUCCAUGCCUGUAGACUGCAGCAACAGCUGCUCCCUCAGCACCGUGGUAUAGGACUAAGGGGGGCGGGGAGCUGCUCCUGUCUGGACCCACACUUUGAGAGAGGAAGGCAGUGGCAGACUGGUCUAUCACAUGGGGUCUGUUAGUUAGAAGAGACUGGGAUGGGAUGGAAAAAGACAGUGUAGAAACAGUAUCAGGGUAGACUGAAGGACCAGUCCACUUCUUGAGGUGUGAGGAAAAUYGGACUGGUGUGUUUCUUGAACAGGUGAACUGAAACCAAGUGGGUGUUUGUCAGAAACGUAACCUCUACAGUUUAACUUAAAUGCAGUGGAUCAGACCGCUUUCGUAUAGGUGAACACAGAUGGACGAGUAAGACAAUCAAAUGGAUCUGGAAGACUGAUUCUGUAYAGAGAAGACAAACACUACACCAGGAUGAGCUACUGCUUUUAGUUUUCAUUGGACAAAGCUUUUGAAUUAUUUGGUUUGUUUGAGCUUCAUGCUCAAGAUUUCCCCCAAUAUAAACACUCCCUCAGGCCUUACACAAGGUAAUAAUGAAGGGGGAGGUAGAUGGAUCCACUUCAGCUUAAGUCCUUUGCACUUCUUAAUUUGCAUCCUACUGCUUAUGUCCUGGAGGCCGAGGCAGAACUUGGAUUUUCAGUUAUUGACAAUGACUCGCAUGACUCUGCUCUCUCUCCCAAGUCUCCUCCAUGAAUUAAAUACAUCGUUUUCCUAUCCCAAGCAUCGCCUCUGAACUUGGAUUUUUGCCCUCUAAUCAAUCUGAUAUACUAAGACGUCUUCGAGAUUGAUAGCACAAUGGUAAAUAGAACAAUGAGAGGUUCUUCUACAAGAGGUUUUUCAACCUUGCAGAAAUAUUUAGGUAUGGUUAUUGUUAGCUCCAGCUAACACACUGCUGUGUGUCGAUGAUGAGGUAAAUGUUACAACUUUUACAAGAAUCUUGCUACAAUAUUGCAUUUUGUUUAUUAAUUUUUGUUGAUGUCCAUUGGUUGAGUAUUGUCCUUUUCUUGGGUAAGAAAUAGGCUGGGAAUUGUUGGGACCUGAACAUAGAUGAUGGGUCCCUCAUGUUAGKCAAUGAGUUCACCACAAGAAAGAGAAUGUCACUGGUGAGUGUGAAUUAAGGUUAGAGCUUCAUGUGUAGCUUGUAGCAAUGGUUACUUGCUGUUUUGUACCCAAUGAAAUGUGUAAAAGUAAACUUAUUUAGAUAGUGUUGUUUUCAUUAAAUCAUAUUAACGAUUUAAUACUAAAUUCAUUGGUAAAACAAUCUGUUACUUGACUAUGUGUGAGUGUAUGUAUGCACACGUAUAUAAAAACCAAACUUUGUUUUUUAACAUUUUGCACAUCA